UUCCCAGCAGGGCGGAAGCGCCAGAAUUCCAGGCAGAGCCCAGCGACUGGCGGGCAGCCGCUGGGGUCCCCUGAGGCUUUGGGGGUUAUGGCCGGGGUCGCGUGUUUGGGGAAAGCUGCGGACGCCGAUGAAUGGUGCGACAGCGGCCUGGGCUCUCUGGGUCCGGACGCGGCGGCCCCCGGAGGACCUGGGCUAGGCGCGGAGCUGGGCCCGGGGCUGUCGUGGGCGCCCCUCGUUUUCGGCUACGUCACUGAGGAUGGCGACACGGCACUGCACUUGGCGGUGAUUCAUCAGCAUGAGCCCUUCCUGGACUUCCUCCUAGGCUUUGCAGCUGGUACCGAGUACCUGGACCUGCAGAAUGACUUGGGCCAGACGGCCCUGCACCUGGCGGCCAUCCUGGAGGAGGCGUCUGCGGUAGAGAAGUUGUAUGCAGCAGGUGCCAAUUUGCUGGUGGCGGAGCGUGGAGGCCACACGGCGCUGCACCUGUCCUGCCGCGUGGGGGCCCACGCCUGCGCUCGCGUGCUGCUCCAGCCUCGCCCCCAGCACCCCAGGGGAGCCCCCAAAACCUACCUCGCUCAGGGCUCUGACCAUACCCCUGACACCGACCACACCCCUGUUGCCCUGUACUCUGAACCUGACGUGGAGAAAGAAGAGGAUGAGAGUGAAGAGGACUGGAAACUGCAGCUGGAGGCUGAAAACUAUGAGGGCCACACCCCACUCCACGUGGCUGUCAUCCACAAAGAUGCAGAGAUGGUCCGACUGCUCCAGGAGGCAGGAGCUGACCUCAACAAACCCGAGCCCACCUGCGGCCGAAGCCCCCUGCACUUGGCCGUGGAGGCCCAAGCAGCUGAUGUACUGGAGCUUCUCCUGAAGGCCGGUGCUGACCCCGCUGUCCGCAUGUAUGGUGGCCGCACCCCACUCGGCAGUGCCACGCUUCGGCCCAACGCCAUCCUUGCCCGCCUCCUCCGUGCUCACGGAGCCCCAGAGCCUGAGGACGAGGACAAGCCUGGCCCCUGCAGCAGCAGCAGCAGCAGCAGCAGCAGCAGUAGCGACGAGAGCGGGGAUGAGGGCGAUGAAUACGACGACAUCGUAGUCCACAGUGGCCGGAGCCCCAACCAGCUACCUCCCACCCCAGCGUCAAAACCGCUCCCUGACGACCCCAUCUGACUUAACUGUUAAUAGUUUCCAAUUUAAUAAAAUGUCAGU